UUAGGUGUUUGGUGUUUUAUAUUGUGAAAAACUUGUAUAAACGCUAAAAAGACAUUAAAAGAAAAAUAAACAGUAUUUUUAGAUUUACAUUUAAAAGCAUGUUCUGUUAGUUAAGACAUAUCGGUUUCUAAAACAGGUUGUGCCUCACCUGCAAGUUAAAAAGCAUGCAGUUCGUUAACAAGUCCGUUAACAACGGACAUUGACUGACAGGGGAAAUUCUAUCUAAUCCUAUCGUGGGUCGAGCCAUGGGCGAUGCAGAGUUAGACGUUGAUGGAAUGGACAUCGAUGCUGCCUUUGACUGGCUUGAGGACAGAAGGAUAAGUCAUCAGCUUCACUCAUUGGAGGAGAUGAAAGACUUUAUUCGUAGUUACAUUCAUGCCGAUGCCAAUCAUGUACAGAAUAUAAUGGAAUUUCAUCAUUCAAAUCAGACAAACCUUCAAAAGGUCUUAUCAACAAAUUACAAAUUAAGGAAUCGCAUUGAAGGAAUUUACGAGGAACUCUUAAAUGCUUUUAAGAGGCAUCCAGAGUGGACAGAUCUUUCCUCAUAUCUCUUUGCGUGGUGCGGGUGCGAUAUUGUAACAAAGAUUCAACACAAUAAAAGUGAUCUUCUACGAACAGAUUGUACAAUCAUUAUUGCAGGAGAGACUAACGCUGGCAAGACAUCGAUUCUUAAUCUUCUACUCGGGGAGGACGUACUUCCGGUCAGCCGGCUCUUUUCAACAUCGACAGUCUGUGUUGUUCAUCCAAUAGGCCCAGAAGAGGAUCCGUAUUUCACAAUUGAAGGGGAUCAGAAAAAACAUAUGGGGAUUCAAGGGCAAGUGGUUGAGAAACUUAAGGAAAUAUUAACAUGCCGAUCUACCAACGACAAUGUCAAAAAAAUCGAUGUAUAUUGGCAAGUUCCAGCGUUAGGAUUGAAUAAAGACGUUGUCUUCGUUGAUCUGCCCGGGACUGUUGAUGAAAAAUCAAAAGAACACCUCCUCGAGUAUCAGUCCAGUUCAGCCGCCGUGAUCUUUGUGCUGAAUAGUGCUAACGUUGAAGGUGUUCAUAAAAAUACGCUGCUACAGACAUUAAUCCAAGUUGAAGGGCUCGACAAAACAGUAGGUUUAUUUGGUGUUGAUUCAACGUCUGUAAUGGUUGUUUGCAAUAAGUGGGAUGUUGUAGAACAAAUGGAUAGAGAAGAAGAGGGGACUGCAAAAAAAGUUUGGGAUGAUGCAUGUACCAUGCUACAGAAAUAUUUACCAGGAUUUUUAUCGGAGCGGCAAAUGUAUAAAAUGGAUACCUUGAAGACCCUACGAUACAUGAAAUCUGGAAUUGGUGACACCAACGUAUACAUCGACUUUAAAAGAGGACUCGGCGAGUUGGCAUUAGAAUGUCAAAACAAAAGAUCGUACAUGCAUUCAAGGUGGCUUUUUUCAUUUGUUGAACAUUUUGAAAAUUUUAUUUCGAGGAAGUGCGAUUCUUCUUCUAAUUCGUCGGAUAAAGAAAUAACACAGUUACUUCAAUUCAUUACCGUUAAACUCGAACAUUUGGAUACUUCCUUAGAAGAAACAUGCAAAGACACAUCAAUUCAAGAUGAUCGUAUUGGCGAAAUGGACGUGGAUGCUGCCUUUAACUGGCUUGAAGCCAAAGGGAUAAGCCAUCAGCUUAACAGUGUAGAAGAAAUGAGGGACCUCAUUCGGAGUACAAUACGGGCGAAUAAUAAUAAAUCCCGGCAGCCAAUAUAUAUAAAAACCAUGGAUGGUGAAGAUUUGCAAAUAACAUUAUCCAAAGAUAGGGAGAUGCGACAUACCAUAAGAACAUUAUACAAGGACAUGUUGAACACCAUCGAGAAACAUCCGAACUUUGAUGACCUAAAAGCGUACCUCUCCUCGUUUUGUGGAUGUGAUGUUAUAGAGAAACUGAGCGAACACACCAACAAACUUCAACACACUGACAGCCCCAUUGUUAUUUUAGGGGAGACGAGUUCGGGAAAGAGCUGUUUUCUGAACUUGAUUCUUGGAGAGGAUGUUCUUCCAUCAGGCCUGCUCUGUACAACUGCGACUAUCUGUGUCAUCCAUCCCAUUCCGCCUGGCGAAGACCCGUACUUCACAAUUGAUGAAGACGAAACCAAACACAUGGGGAAUAAGAUAGACCUUAUAAAGGAACUAACGGCUAUUUUGACGUUUCGCUCUGACACAGAUCUUUGUAAACAAGUGCAUAUUUAUUGGCAGGUUCCUUUGCUAGGAUUGAACAACGUUGUUUUGGUGGAUACACCUGGUGUGGGCGAGAGUGAACAAAUGACUGCCAAACUGUUUGAGUACAUUCCAAACGCCGCAGCUUUCAUAUACUUUAUUAAUAGUGCAAACGCAGGAGGAGUCCAAGAAGACAAGCUGGUGAAAAUUUUUGAAAAGGUUCUAGAAUAUGACCAGUCAAGAGAUGUUUUCAGCUUCGACCCAACGUGCAUGCUUUUUGUGUGCAACAAGUGGGAUGUAAUAGAGGAAAGGGAAAAGAACGGAGAGGUUGGGCUUCAAGAGAAAGUUUGGCAAGAUAUUAAAUCGAAGCUACACAAAUAUCUACCUGGAUAUCAGUGGGACACGCACGUAUUCAGAUUAAGCACAGCUGAGGCAAUACGAUACAUGAAGUCUGGAAUUGAUGCCCAAACGAAGUUUGAAGAGCUUAAGGUCAGACUCAAAACCUUGAUUCAACAGAGUCAGACAAGCACAUGUGCAAUGCACUAUAGGUGGUUAGUUUCGUUCGUUCGAAGCUUUGAGGUAUAUACUUCUACAAAACGCGGAUAUGCUUUGGUUGUUGACAAGGAAAUGUUUUUGACAAGUGCUCACGCCAAACUCGAUCAAAUAAAAACUCUUGCAAAUAAGCUCCGCAAGAAACUAAAGGAUGGUUUGUUAUCAUAUUCGCGUUUGAGUGAUACUGUCUGCGCUUAUGUGGACCAAACGCAUGUACGGAUCCGUCUGAUACUAUUCAACAUUAAGAGUGCAUACUACCAGAAAAUCAAAUGGGAAGUAUUUUGUAAAGUAAUGCAGGGCUGGGCUCAGGGAUUUUGGAGGCAAACUAUCGAAAGAUGCAUGUCAGAGAUUGAAAGAGUGUCUGGACGAAUACUUAAAGAAUUGGUUUUUAUUGAAGACGAUAUUAAUACAUUAGAGCAUAUGUUCCCAGAUUCUGCGGCUAAGUCAUGUCUUCCACACAACAACCAUCGUGAUGUUACAACGACUUUGCACGAUUUGAUGUACAGUGUCCCUCCAGGCAUGUUAAAAACAUUUCAUGCGUUUGUACAGGAAGUCGAGACUAUUGCAUACGAAGAAUAUUACGAUGAUUGUGUGACUUUAUAUACAGAUUUUUUAUACAUGAUCUUAAGUCAUCGCUGUAAUGAGCUUAUAACAAUGAUUUGGGAUGACAAAAUUACUAGCCGAUUGCAAAGCAGUACAAAGCUACUGGAUUUGAUUAGAAAAACUACGCAAAAUGAAAGUGCUAUACUAAGUGAAUGUCAUGAUAUUGAAAAACAAGUUCGGGUUUUUUCUGAAAAGGUUGACACGAUUUGCAAAAUUAUCGACAAUUUUAAAGGUUGAAAUGGCAGCCAUAGAAUGACACAUCUAAGAUACAUGAUUAUUAAUAGUAAAUACAUACGUGCUCUCAUACCGAAUACUAAUUAAAAUGAUAAACAUGUCAUCAAAGUGUCCGACUAUAAUACCAUUUAAAAAGUAAUGAUAAAUAAUGAUUAUAAAUAAAUUGUAAAAGUAUCAUGGCGAAUAAAAUACUUUCGGAUGAAUUACACUUGUAUCACUUUUAAUGCAGGUAUAAAAUAUAUUUAUGACAUUUUAUCAUGUGACUUUAUCUUAUUCAUGAUGGGCUUUUGAUAGAAAUGAUUUACUUGUAAUCUUUAAAAAAAAUGAACAGAAUGAAUUGUAUUAGUAAACGCGUAUUUCGUACAUUAAUGGAUUUAUAUUAUUUGUACUGUCUGCCCCGUCGUAAAUGCACGUUUGUUGACUGUAGUUUACAACGAUAUUGUUGUAGCUUUUUUCCAUGUGCAUGUUUAAUUGUUAUUCGCAUAUCAAAAUAUUGAAGAUUUAAUUAAAGAAAAUACACCGAACAACCUGAAAAACUUCAUAAAGGACUUAUCUAAAUGUACCGUAUUCUAUAUUAUGACAUUUAUUAUGAAAUGUUUCCUUCCAUCUUUGUUCGAUGGAAGAAAAGGUUGUUAUGUAUAUACUUGUUAGUCUUGAAUCAUGCUCGUAUUGAAAUAUUUAUUUGGCGACGCCAUUUCUCAUUCUUCCUUGGCAUUUUAAUAACCAGAAAAUCAACUGUGUUAUGUCAUUGUGAUUAUAACAAGAAUUGUGUUAUGUUAUAUUGGCAUUCCCACAAGAGACACUAGCACAAACGCUGCCACACAAGUUACGGUAAAAACAAAUCCAAAACAUCAUUGACAUAAAAAAUUGAAAAUGAAAUAAGUACAUUUACACUAAAAUUAAACAAACGCAGAGAUAUGCAUACAUAAGUCUAACAUAAUUUACAAUUCUCUUUUUUUAGUGUGACUUGUCUAAGAAUAGGACGGGAGGUUCGCUGUGACACUCUUUACGUUACGGACAAUUUCAAAUGUUAACAAAUAUAGAAGUCCGUUUUCCCCGAUCUUCGAAUACAUACGGAUUUCAUACUCGUAAAUACUGAAUUCGUAUUUAAUAGUGAAACUACAUCAUUUCAUUUAAUGCUAAGUGAUUACAUUUGUGUGUUUUUGGGCGAACUGUCCGUAUAUCUUUUCAGUUGCAUGACUAGAGACUGGUUUUUGGAAUAUUUGAACAUUGUUAUUCCGUUAAGUAAAUCGUACAAACAAGGUAAAUGGUUAUAAUAUCAUUGAUGCUAAAAACGGUAGUUUUUAUAUAAGAAUCAAUUGGUAUAACAUUGUAUAAUUUUAAAUAUGUCAUACCUCUUAAAUUCACACUGCUUUGGUAUCCUCAGUCACACGAAGCUAACAAACUAUCCUGCAAAACAAAUUGCUUAGUUCUCAAAACCACCAAGAAUAUGAGCUGGUCAUCUUGCUUAAAGUAGUACGUAAAUAUCAUUUUCGGUUCGAAUGUGUGAAUAUCCGAGUCAAACAGCGUGUUUUCCAGGCAACAAUUAAUUGCUUUGAAAUAUCGGAAUAUAAAAUUAAGAAGCAAACAAUUAAUACCUAUUGUAAAAAACUGUUAAACACUAUUCGCUUAUACAUCUUCGACAGUUAAUAUUUUAAAUUACCCAUCUAGUCUGUGUUUACAUAUUUGGAUCAUCACCCUUUGUUGUAAACACUUAAGUGUAAUUUAUAGUUACGAUAGAACCCAUUUGUUGUUUAUUAAAUGUAAUUAUGAGGCCUAAUUUGUACGCAGUUAUACAUGUGUCAAGUUAUUUCAGUUUUCAGAGUUUUCCGUUUUUUGUUUAUAAUACUAGUUGUAAACAAGUUUGUGUUAGGAACAUUAUUCAGUGUGGUAGAAAAAACAUUUUAAGCCAAACACGCUUAAAUACGUUUAGUUUAAUAAACUGCGAUUUUAAAAUUUUUGCAAAUUGUUAUGGUUAUUUUUGUAGAGUAAGACUUACGGUAAUUCACGCUUGUAUUCGUUCGAUAUCAGGUGAUGUGUACAUGAUCGAAUCAUGUCUAUUUGAUUAGUCAGUUUGAAAAUCUGUUCAGUUCGAGUAUCAUAAAAAGCAUGUCUCUCACCUUGGCGGUAAACGCUUCCGGGCGAUUAGAAGUAUUAAUCGGCAGUCGAUUUGAUAUGCAAUGACAGUUACAGAAUUGCGAUUAGAGCACUAACCGGUGAGUAAGUGUCUGCAACAUACGGCUUUGGGUAAGUUAUUGUAUCAUCGAUUACAUUGUUGAUACUCUGUUUUGCUAGGCUUGAAAUAAAUUGUUUUAUUUGAAUAUUGCAAGUUAUACUUUAAGGAAUAAAGUACAUUUUUGUUUGUCUGAACUUAGAAAUUAAAGUUUGUAUUUUUACAAGUAAACGCCGUAGUCGUGUUUCACUUUUUAAAUAUUUGUCAAACCGAGAACUUAUA